AUGUUCGCUUAUUUACUUAUACUUGCAACGCUAUGCAAUUUCGCUAACGGAGGUGGUGUCGAUAUAAACGUCUGCGUUAAGUCUGUUCCCGUUGGACAAGAAUUUAAAAAAAGGCCUUCAGUACCUGUUGAGAACUGCCAAGAUCGUGAUAUGGCCUGCACCGAGAUAUUCAAGUUCAUGCCCAAUAAUGGAGCGAUACUCGCAAAUAAUCUCAAGCCAAAAUUUUUAUAUUUUCUUUUGGCUUUACAAAAAAAGAGAAAAGCAAUGUCUUUCAGCGAUGAGGAUUAUAAAGUUCCAGACGAUUGUCAGAAGGACCAAUAUAAAAUGUUAGCUCGACAAAUAUGCCCACGAACGUGUGCGUUGUGUUGCUUAACUAAAGAAUACAACUGCCAAAAUGGUAAGAAUUAA